GCAGCGCGGCCGGAAGUGCGGGUGGGAGCGGUGCCGCCAUCAUGGCCGACAAGAUGGACAUGUCCCUGGACGACAUCAUCAAGCUGAACCGGAGCCAGCGCGGGGCCGGCCGCGGCGGGGCCCGUGCGGGGCGCGGGCGCGGGCGGUCCUUUGUCCCGGCUCCGGGCCCUGGCGGCGGUCACCGAGCUCCGCUCUCGUUGCAGCCCAAGCAGCUCCCCGAGAAGUGGCAGCACGACCUGUUCGACAGCGGCUUCGGCGCGGGGGCCGGCGUGGAGACCGGGGGAAAGCUGCUCGUCUCCAACUUGGACUUCGGCGUUUCGGAUGCGGACAUCCAGGAGCUCUUUGCAGAGUUUGGGACCUUGAAGAAGGCAGCUGUGCACUAUGACAGAUCUGGUCGCAGUCUAGGAACGGCAGAUGUGCAUUUUGAGAGGAAGGCUGACGCGCUGAAGGCCAUGAAGCAGUACAAUGGGGUCCCCUUGGAUGGGCGCCCCAUGAACAUCCAGCUGGUGACAUCACAGAUCGACACGCAGCGGAGACCAGCACAGAGCGUAAACAGAGGUGGCAUGAUCAGAAACCGCGGCGUCUCGGGGGGAUUUGGAGGUGGAGGCAACAGGCGAGGGACUCGUGGUGGUACCAGAGGGAGAGGCAGAGGAGCUGGAAGAACCUCCAAACAGCAGCUCUCUGCAGAAGAACUAGAUGCACAGCUGGAUGCUUACAAUGCCAGGAUGGACACCAGCUAAGGCGGCAGCAGUGGCGCAGGGAAGGACUCCACUCUCGCUCCAUACUCCUGGCAGGGGCUGCAGCUGUGGCUACUACUACCGAGGAUGGGAUUUGUUUUACUUUUAUGUUCUGGGAUAGGUUUUAACUCCUGUAAAGGUUUUUUUUAAUUCUCAGCAGACCUGUUUUGUACCGAGUUAUUUUUGGGAUAAAUUUUUCUGGUUGCCUGUUGGGCCGAGGUGGCUUUUUCACCUUUGCCGUAAUAAAAUAGAACCGUGUCUAGA